GUCCGUUCCCUCAAUGUCCGACUUUGCCGUGUCUGGAGGAAGCCGCGAAGGUCACCGCUUCGCAAAACUGGCAGAGCAACUCUGACGGCGUGUUCAGGUUGGCUUGCGGUCGCCAAUACUUUAUUUCCAAGGUGGGCAUGACCUGGGCCGACGCCAUGACCGAAUGCUGCAAGUACGGAAUGAAAUUGUUGAGCGUCGAAUCAUACGACGAGUUAACUUGCUUGGCGGCCAUGAACAAGGUCCUGUUGAAGGACACUACAAGUUUUUACUGGACGUCAGGCACCAGCAAUGGAUUCAACUGCGAAUUCACAUACGGAUUUUGCGGCUCGAAGACACUGCUUUACCAAAAUUUCUCAAACUGGUCACCGGGAAUGCCUGAUAAUCCGCUAACGGAGCGAUGCUUGGAUAUGAAAAUGACGUUUGACCUGACACAGGCAUUUUUCAAUGACGAGGGAUGCACCACUAGCCGAUACUUCAUCUGUGAGGGCGAACAAAAGGAUUGCUCUCCUACUUGUCCAAGCAAAUCCACGUGUGUCAAACAGAAUAAUCUUUUCAACUCGAAGGGAGAACUGCCGAAUGCCUUUAGUUUCGGACGAUGGGCGUCUGGAAGUGCAAAAACUUAUCUUUUCGCUACCAUGGCCGGAGUGACUUGGGCCGCUGCCUACACCGCUUGCUGCAAUUUGGGAAUGGACUUCCUGUCUAUUGCGAGUGACCAGGAAAUGCAGGAUAUCUUCAUUUUAAACAAUGAUGACCCUCUUCUGCGGUACAACGCUGAGUUUUGGUCGAGCGGCACACAGCUCGAUUGCAAUUUCCGUUACAAAUAUUGCUCGACCGGCGUUGAUUUUUACUUGAACGACACCAAAUGGCUUUCUGGCGAGCCAGACAACUUAAACGAGCAGCAGUGGUGCGUCUUUUCUCGAUUUGGAACUUCCUCGACUUACAGCCUGAGUGCCGCCUAUCUCGCCGACGCUCCUUGCACCGAUUCGCGCAAUUUCAUUUGCCAGAUGCCUGCUAUGUCCCGCACGUCGGUCCCCUGCUACGACUACAACUGCACUACCGAUCCUGCAAAAUCUGCUCAAGUGACAGCAACGUCUGGACCUGAUGGAGAGUUCCGAAUUUUUUGCAACAAAAUGUAUUUCCUGCACAAAGAUUGGAUGUCCUACAAAAAUGCAUAUGACACUUGCUGCUCGUUCGGAUUGAAACUCGUGUCGGUCGAGACGGACGCAGAACGCGUUUGCCUUCAUGACGGAUUUAAAUCUGCCGGUUGGCCUAGUGGCUACAUUUGGACGUCAGGCACCGACAACGGUAUCGGCUUCGUCAACAAAUUUGGCUGGUGUCCGGACGGCCAGUUUCUCUACAGCAACCCCCACUGGUGCGGAGGGGAGCCCAGCUCACCCUACGUUGAAAAUUGUCUCGUUUUAGCCAUGAAUGGCGGCGAUCCGUCGAGCACUUGCUUCAAUGACUACACCUGUGCUACCUCCUGCCGCUUUGUUUGCGAGGCAUAAUUAUCAUAGUAUAAAAUUCGGACGAAAUUUGGUUAUAUUGAAAAUAUCUACUCAAAUAAAUUAACAUACAAGUGAAAA